GAAGAGGCGGCUGCUCCUUCCGUGCGAGACGAGUCAAGGCUCCCCUUCUUUUUCCUGCCUUCAUUUCAUCUACGUUUCAUUCAAGAGUCUGUGUUUGACAUCCGUGUGCUGUUGUUUGUGCUUCAGCAUGGCCGUCGUCAUCCGUUUACAGGGGCUGAGAGUCACUGCGGGUUCUGAGGAUAUCCGCAAGUUCUUCACUGGCCUCAAAAUUCCGGAUGGAGGGGUGCAUAUAAUUGGUGGGGAGAAAGAGGAAGCUUUUAUUAUUUUUGCUUCGGACGAGGAUGCAAGAAGAGCCAUGGCUCGGUCGGGGGGUCUCAUCCGAGGUUCGCCCGUUUUCCUCCUGCUCAGCAGUAAAGCGGAGAUGCAGAGUGUGCUUGAAAGAAGUACACACAACUUUGACAUGAAUUACCAGAGACAACAUGAAGAUGAAGAUGACGACGAGUACAUUGAAAGAUCCGAAAAUCCAGACAUGGGCAUGAGACCCGGCAGCAAUCUGGGUUAUACCCCAUCUCCCCAGGACCACAUGGCUUCAAACAAUGAGGAUGGUUCGUGUUUGUUUCUCAAAGGACUGCCUUUCUCAGUGACUGAGAAGGAAGUCUGUGACUUUUUCGGUGGUUUGUAUGUAGAUGAUGUGGUCUUGUUGAAACGUAAAAAUGGCUUAAAAAGUGGGACAGGGCUUGUUAAGUUUGCAACAAGAGGGGAUGCAUUGGAAGGGUUAAAGAGGGAUAAGGAGUACAUGGGGUCAAGAUAUAUUGAGAUUUCCCCAACCACCGUCCGCGACUGGUUUCGCCUUGUUGGUAGACUGCCAUCAAUGCUGAACAUGAAUCACGAGUUUGACAGGGGGAGAUCACCUGUUUUCACUCAGAGAAACUCACAAGAGCGCGUGAGAUCUCGAUCACCUGUUGGACAGAGGUAUGCUGCUCCCGCUGAUGAGGAGUUUUGUGUUCAUUUGGACAAUUUGUCUUACACGGUGGAUAAACAGCAGAUCAAACAGCUCUUUCCUCAGGCAAUGCUUAAAGAUGACCAGAUCCUGCACCUGUAUAACGAUGAUGGAAGAAGAACGAGAUCUGCGUUCGUACUGUUCAAGAACCGGCGUGACUACUGUGAUGCUUUAACUUUGGAGGAAGUAGAGUUUCUCCAUCGAUUUGUUUGUAUUCGUCCAAUCUCAAGAGAAAAGAUGAUCGCCCUUUUGGGAAGUCAGCAUAUGACUUUCCGACCAUCUGGAAACUCUGAGAGGACUCGGGAGAGGGCUUCAUCUCAUCCUGGUGAUCAUUCUGACUCUGACGUCUGUGUGUUUGUGCGAAAUCUGCCUUUUGAUGUGCGAAAAGUGGAAAUCUUGGACUUCUUUCAUGGGUUUAACAUCAGAGAAGACCAGGUAUGCGUGUUGCAUGACCGUAAAGGCACUGGGAUUGGAAAAGCAUUGGUCCUCUUUGGGUCUGAGGCCGAGGCGAUGCGGGCGCUCUCUCUGAACGGACAACGAUUUCUGGGAUCGGAAGUGAUACUGAAGAGCAUCUCACGCUCGCAGAUGCAGCAGCUGAUCACUGAGCCGCUGGAGGAGCCAGACUGGUUGCCACAAGAUGAGCGGUUUCCUGGCCAAGGCAGUGAGCCAUUUUUUCAUGAUGGGGACUCACGGUAUCCGGGGGAAAGAAUUCCCCCUGACGACCACAUGCUCAUGAGGAAUGUGCAAGGCCAGGGUCAUGGGAGCUUUGGGUAUGAACCUCGUGCGGUACGCUCCGGUUCACCAAAUGAUGGCGGUAACCGAUUUCGCCGCGGCAUUGACUCCUCAGGGCGUCAUGUUGAUGUGCCCACCUGCGUGCAGUUGGUUAACUUGCCAUUACAAAUCCAACCCCAUGAAAUCUAUGAUUUUUGCUACGGGUAUAGCGUUGUUCCCGGCACUGUGUCGCUGCAGUACGAACCCACAGGGAGACCGACAGGUAAUGCAACUUUGCUAUUUGAGUCUCGGCAGGAGGCCUUGACAGCCAUCAACGAGCUGAGUGGACGACCAAUCGGUCCAAGAAAAAUACAACUAAUGCUUGUGUGAAAAUUAAAUGACUUUCUCUCGGAGCCAGUAUGCCAUUGCAGUAUAUUUCAGAUGUAUACACAAUGUUAAAACAAUGAUUCAGGAUCAUCAGUCAUCCUGUUUUUGUUUACAAUAGACUUGCUUUCUGAUUUUUUUUUUCUUUGAUUACAGUGAGUUCUGUGGGGUUUCUUGAAAUUCAUUUUUACUUUGGUUUGCGAAUGUUCUGGCUUUGAUGUCAUUUUUUUGCUAAUCUCAACAUGUAACAGUUUGACAUGAGUAAUUUUACAUUCUGUUCUAUAAAGAUAAAUUGUCUUUUGAUCAAUAAAAAUCAUUUCAGAAGUA